AUGAGCGACUCAGCCGAGGCGGGCGACUACAUCUCCAGCCGGCAGAUCCCGCGGCUCUUCGAGAGCAUGUUGACAGGACUGAUGUAUUCCCGGCCAGAAGACCCCAUCAGCUACCUUGAAGGAUGCUUGACGAAGGUCCGGGCGAUGGGUGGUCCAGAGAAGCUGCAGUGGGACACGUUCCUCAGUCAAGAAGAUGUUCAAUCUACCGCUGGGGGCUUAAACAAGAAGGCCCUCUUCCAUUCAGCACUGCCUUCUUCCACCUCAGCCCCCUUCGGCUCCCACCAGGACGUAUCCUGUGUGCAGAGCCAGUUCUCCAUCGAGAGCGAUUCCGACAUGACCGAAUCCACUGGGCUAAUCCAGGAAUACGACGUGUUUGACCCUGAACGGCCCCGUCCGAAGAUCGUUUUUGUGAUAGGGGGUCCUGGGAGCGGGAAGGGGACGCAAAGCCGGAGGAUGGCUGCUCACUUUGGCUUCGUCGGCGUCUCCGUCGGAGAAAUUCUGCGCGCUCAGACGCUCCGUCGUGUCGCCAGCGACAAGAAGUGGGAGCUCAUUGCCAAGAUUAUUGCCGACGGAGAGUUAGCCCCGUCGGAGACGACCGUUGAAGAGCUGAAGCAGCAGUUCAUCAAGCACCCAGAGGCCAAAGGUUUUGUGGUGGAUGGGUUCCCGCGAGACAUUGGCCAGGCCUUCCUGUUUGAGGAGCAGGUUGGUUCUCCAGAUGUUGUGGUCUUCCUGGCAUGCUCGAGUCAACAGCUCCGGCAGCGACUAAAAGGAAGGGCUCAGGACCAAGGACGCUUGGAUGAUAACCCUCACGCCAUUGAGCGCAGGCUGGAGACCUUCAAGCAGAAUGCUCAGCUGAUUGGGAAGUACUACCAGGAGAAGGGCAUCUUGGUCCGGUUCGAUGCGGACGGAGAAGAAGAUGAAAUAUUUGCUGCCAUCAGUUCCUGCAUUCAGCAAUGGCUGCAGCUAGAGAGAAAAAGAAUUCUGG